AUGGUGAACAUCGAGAUCCUGAAGAAUUACACGGCAUCACCAUCCUCAUUCAUGGGGACGUCGUCCUUGACAAUUAAUCAUGAGGCUACCUUGGAUCUUGAUUCGAGCACUGCCUUUGAAGGGCCCGAAAAGCUUUUAGAGGUAUGGUUUGGUCCGUCUCCCCAGGACCUCCUCGGAUCGACAGAGCCUACAGGCCUCAAAGUUGUUCCGGUGGAGGUAUGGAAGGACAUGCUUGACCUUGUCAGCUGCAAAGUCUUGUCAAUCAUCGAAUCCGACAAUGUCGACGCUUACCUUCUCUCGGAAUCCAGCAUGUUUGUGUUCCCCCAUAAGCUCAUUCUCAAGACCUGUGGGACCACUACCCUGCUCUCUGGAUUGCCUCGCAUCCUCGAGAUUGCUGCCGUAUACGCCGGUUUCCCCAAGAAUACCGCCCCAGCUGGUCGUGGGAUCAAAACUGCGGCUGCUCCGUACCGCGUCUUCUAUAGCAGAAAAAACUUCUUGUUCCCUGAUCGCCAGCGCGGUCCCCAUCGUAGCUGGCGUGAUGAGGUCAAGGCGAUGGACCAGCUAUUCCUUGGAGGUAGCGCAUACAUGAUUGGCAAAAUGAAUGGAGAGCAUUGGUAUCUCUACCUGACCGAGCCGUAUACUGUGUUGACCCCACCGUCCACACCAAGCAAUGAUCCGCCGGUGAAGGUCCUCGAUUUCCCUGGGGAUCCCAAGACAGCAGACACUACUACUACUACUGCCAACUCGGCUAAGGAGGAAGAGGACGAGGAGGACGAGACUCUCGAGAUACUGAUGACUGACCUGGACGAGGAGAAUGCAAAACAAUUCUACCUCGACCAUGCGACAAAGGACAACAAUAACAACGACGAACACCUAGACGUCUUCAGCAACACCUCAGACUCAAGCGACGACCUGGGCUCAGAGAUGGAUCAACAGUCGCUGCCCCCCGAACUCACCACGGAAGGCCACGGCCUCGGCACCGUCGUGGCAGAAUCAUGCGGUCUCACUGACAUCUACCCGACAAGCAAGUAUCCCGGCGCCCGCGUCGACGCAUACCUCUUCACCCCAUGCGGAUUCUCCGCCAAUGGCGUCGUCCCGGCCCCUGCCCCUACUACAGAUGCAAACGAAGCUACAUCCAAGCCCAGCACCGGCUCACAUUACUUCACCGUCCAUGUUACACCCGAACCCCACUGCUCCUACGCCUCCUUCGAAACCAACGUCCCGCAACUCCAAAGCGGCCGCGAGACGUCCGAAAUCGUCGAGCAUGUCGUGGAUAUUUUCAAACCGGGCCGUUUUAGCGUGACGCUAUUUGAAGCUAAGAAGAAACCAGAUGCCACCACCGGCAUCACCAGUAACGGGACCGUGAAUGGAGAACAUCACCAGAAGGACCAGCAAGACCACCAGCGCCAGGUGAAACGCGAUACCAAUGCGGCCGUGCGUAAUGAGAAGAUGGAGCGGAUCCCGGGGUAUCGCCGUGUUGAUCGCAUCGUGCAUGACUUGGAUGGGUACGAUCUUGUCUUCCGCUACUAUGAGCGGAAUGACUGGAGGGGCGGGGCGCCGCGGAUUGGGGAGCAUGUGUUUUAA